UGUCCCGUUAGGCGGUCGCCAGCUGUUCGCCGCGCGGCGUUUGCCAGCACCAUGCCAAAUCUGGGCUAAGUCGCGACCAAAAAAAAAAACAACAAAAAUCGGAAAAACGAGGAAAAUCAAACCGGAAUCGCGAGUCUGGGGAGGCCGAACGGGAACGGGAAAGCCCGCUGAGGAGCAGGAGCAUCAGGAUGACCUCCAUUCUGGACAUGAAGGCCGGUCCGCCCGACUACUGGGCGGAAAUCAGCAACUUUUUCCUACCGCUGAAAUACCUGAUCACCAACGACCGCUUCGAUUCGUUGGUCCGGGACAUAGACCUCUAUUACCUUAUCAACGGGGUCUUCUGGAUCUUCGUGGCCUUGUCCUGCGGCUACUACGCCUUCCAGCGCCUCUUCCAGUUCUUCCUAAAGUCGUCCAAUAUGAAGCACUUUCAGCGGAGACUGUUCGCCCGUGUGAUCUGGAACAUCGCCUUCUACUCAGCUAGCUGCCUGUUCCUGCACUUCUACAACGAGUUCAUGAUCCUGCCGCAGCUUAUGAAGAACCAGGGGCGCUACUCGCUGUUCUACUCCUCGGAAAACCUGAUCUUCUAUCGCUCGCACCAGGCGGAGAAGUUCCAGUUCUACUCGAUCUUCAUCAUCACGUUCUACCUGCAUGGGGCCUGGCUGGACUUCAAGGACGCCGACUUUCUGGAGGUGGGCUCCAAGGGACUCUACCUGUUGUCCCUCGUCGCCAUCGAUGUUUACAGGUACGAGAACUACUUUGUGGGACUGAAUCUGACGGUGGGUCUGUACAGCAUACUUACCGAGGUGCUGGCCCUGCUGGUCCUGCCCAGCACCAAUUCGCACCGGAUCAUAUACCAGGUCUUCCUCGGCCUGCGGAUAGUCGUGUGGGCGUAUGUGUUCGUCAACCUGCUGCCCUUCAAGUACUUCAUACCCACGCUGUUCGCCAAGAACUUCAAGCUGCCCCUGAACGUGCCGAUUUGGUUGUGGUACGGAAUCUCGAUCUGGAACUCACCGGUGCUGCAGUAUUUCUACCAUCAGAUAUAUCACACAGCUCCCUCAGAUUGUUCGGGCGAAGGAUCGGCAGCUAAGUGCAUCCUGGUCAAGGACACCAGUGAGUUUCGACACUACAAGACGCUGAAAAAGGCCUAUUUGGAGGUGAAGCUGGCCCAUAUUAGGACCACGUCCAACUCGCUACCCUCCGAAACCAGUUCGGCCUCGGCCAAAACCUUCCAGGCCAUCAAAUGCGUCAUGAUGCUGAAGCGCAAGUUGAAGCGGAUUCGCGAGGGACGUGGUCAUGAGCCGGAAGAUGAAAACGAUGAUCUGGUCACCGAUGCCUAAUCUCGUCCAGAAGCAAAGAAGGCGCACACUCUUACACACGUAGACACACAUUUCCUUAAACCAAAAAAGACACAAGUUCUGCUUAGGCUAAAAAUUCACAAAGUUGAAACUACCUCCCACUGGCUAUAUGUAGCGCUCUCUCUCUCUCUUUCUCUCUCUCACACAAAGGCUAGUUGAGGUUUGUGCGCGUUUGCUAAAUCGUGAUCAACAGUGCGUUUUGGCAACAUAAAAAGAUCGUAAAAAAUCUCAAAAUCAUCCUCAAAAUGUUGACAAUUUCUAAUGAUUGUUAACAUAAGUAUUUAAAUAAUUUGUACUAGCUAAAACAUUAGGUAAAAUUCAAGUCCUAAAAAUUGUCAAUUUAUCAACGAAUGUAAACAUUUUUAAAAAUUUUGGUAGCUGUCAAAAUUGCAUUAUUAAUUGUUAAAAUAAGGGAUAAACUAAAUUCUAGAUGAUAUUCUUAACUCAAGAUUUAAAAUUAAAAUCAAAGGUUCGUAAUAUUUCAAUGAAUUGUCAACAUUAAUGUAUUGUUAACCAAUAUACUAAAUUUAAGAUGCUAAAAUCAUGUUUCAAAAUGAAAAAUCUAAGAGUGAAGUUAAAAAGACUAUACAAAAAUAUUGAUUGUCAAAAUCUUAGGUCAAAAAGUGAGGCUCGUAAAAAUAAUCUCCUAGGAAUAUUAAAACUAAUUUUAUAAUAGAUAAGAUUAUGAUAGUUGCCGAGCGCACUGCACUAAAUGUACUUAUUCGUGAUAAACUGCGGUACAGUGUUGUUUCAUAUUAGCGAAACAUACUGUUAGUUAUAAAUUUAUUUAUUUAACCUCUAGAUCAAUUUUGUACCCCAACCAAUCACGAUUUGGCUAACACGCGUAAACCAAGCGGCUGAAAUACCUUAGCAAAAUAAAAAAUUAUCGCCCGAUUUUUGGCGCCAAUGGAGGACGCCUCGGCUGAUAUAUAUAGUUACUAUACCUCUCCAACUCCCUCUCUCCCUCGCACUCACGAACGCAGUUUCUCUCUCCUUUAGAUUUGUAAGUCGCCUUCAACUUAUUGUUGUUGUUUAUUCGCUGUGACUUAAUGACAUAUUGAAAUAUUGUAAUGUGUUUUUUUUUCGUUCCUUUUAAUUGAAAUAUACUAUUUAUGGGCUAAACGAGCGCACUUGAAA